UGCCUCAAAGGAGGCAUUUGUGGCAACAGCGGUAGGAGAAGCGGUCUGGUGAAGGUGAAGGAAGGUGUAGGAAUCUGAAAGGUGAAGGCUAUAGGUGCGAGAAUGCGCACAAUUGGGGUUUGUACUGCUUCCCUUGGCUCACUUGGCCUCAUGCGGUUCUUUGGUGUGUCCUGGACAUGGAGUAUUGCAGCUGCUUUGGCCAUUUAUAUUGGCAGUGGUGGGUGGAUCUUUCUCCGCAUCGCCUUUAAGACAGCCUUGAGAGAUCUACUGGGACUGACAGUGCUUAUACAGGUCAAAUAUGAACUGUAUGGUCACAGGAAAGCCAAAAGUAACGUCCCCAAGAUAUUCCAGAAGGUAGUCUGCAAACAUCCAGACAAAGUGGCCUUGAUUUAUGAAGCUACUGAUGACAAAUGGACAUUCCGGCAACUGGAUGAAUAUUCCAAUUCUGUGGCCAACUUCUUUUACCAGCAGGGCUUUCGUGCGGGUGAUGUAAUCGCUAUCUUUAUGGAGAACCGACCAGAGUUUGUGGGCUUCUGGUUAGGGAUGGCCAAAGUGGGUAUUGAGGCAGCUCUCAUCAACUUCAACUUGCGUCUUGAGUCACUGACUUACUGUGUGAAAACCUCAGGGGCAAAAGCCAUCAUCUUUGGUGGAGAGCUAUCAGCAGAAAUUUCUGAAGUGAAUGGCAUCCUGGGAAAAAAUAUGGCCAGGUUCUGUUCUGGAGAUUUUAGACCUGAAUCCUGCCCUCCAGAUACUAAACACUUGGACCCUCUGCUGGCUCAGACAUCAAAAUCUCCUCCAACUCAUGUUUCAACCAAGGGAUUAGAUGAUCGGCUGUUCUACAUCUACACCUCUGGAACAACUGGAAUGCCAAAAGCUGCCAUUGUGGUGCACAGUAGGUAUUAUCGAAUUGCUGCUUUUGGUUAUUAUGCCUACAGAAUGACCCCUCAUGACAUAAUCUAUGACUGUCUGCCACUGUACCACUCAGCAGGGAAUAUCAUGGGUGUUGGCCAGUGUGUGAUUCAUGGCCUGACGGUAGUGAUUAGGAAGAAAUUUUCUGCCAGUCGCUUCUGGGAUGACUGUGUGAAAUACAAGUGUACAAUCAUCCAAUACAUUGGGGAGAUUUGCAGGUACCUGCUGAACCAACCGGUGCGGGAGGCAGAAAUGCAGCACCAGGUGCGGCUGGCUAUUGGAAAUGGCUUGAGGCUUGCCAUUUGGGAAGACUUCACACAGCGGUUCCAGAUUAAACAGAUUGGGGAGUUUUAUGGGGCUACCGAGUGUAAUUGCAGCAUUGCUAAUAUAGAUGGAAAGGUGGGGGCCUGUGGCUUCAAUAGCCGGAUUUUGCCAAAUGUGUAUCCUGUCCGCUUGGUGAAAGUUAAUGAGGAUACCAUGGAGCUAAUGCGUGGCACAAAUGGGCUCUGUAUCUCCUGCCGACCAGGAGAACCUGGACUUCUUGUGGGCAGGAUAAACCAAAAAGACCCCUUGCGGAGAUUUGAUGGCUAUGUCAGUGAGAAUGCGACUAACAAGAAAAUAGCAUAUAAUGUCUUCCAGAAAGGAGACCAGGUUUACCUUUCAGGAGAUGUCCUUGUGAUGGAUGAGCUUGGCUAUAUGUACUUCAAAGACCGCAGUGGGGAUACAUUCCGUUGGCGCGGGGAGAACGUCUCCACCACAGAGGUUGAGGGAAUCCUCAUCCGUGUUCUCAGCAAGUCAGACGUGGCAGUUUAUGGGGUAGAGGUACCAGGAGUGGAAGGCAAGGCUGGAAUGGCAGCUAUUGCUGACCCAGAAGCAAAACUGAAUCCUAACGUUCUGUUUUUGGAGAUGCAGAAAGUACUGCCUCCAUAUGCACGGCCUGUCUUCCUCCGAUUUCUGCCACAGGUCGACACCACAGGCACUUUCAAAAUUCAGAAGACCCGUUUACAAAGAGAAGGCUACAAUCCACACCAAAUGUCAGAUCGGUUAUACUUUUUGGAUGUAAAACUUGGCAAGUACCUACCAGUAGAUGAGUGUGUUUUUGAAAGGAUCCAAGCUGGAAAAAUGUCUCUUUGAUUUCAUUGGUGAGACUGCUCAUAAAGAGCCUGAUGUUGAAAGGUCUUGUUUUGGUAGAGAAAUAGACUUGAAUAAAUAAGCAAAGCAAGGUUUUAAUAUGCAAAAGGGAAAAAUCCCACUAUAGUGUGAGAACAAGAUGGUUCCCCCCCCUUUUUUUUAAAAAAAGCACAUUAACCACUUCCAGAGCAAAGAGAAUAGCUCUUUUUGUAUUGUUCAGUUUUUAAAAAGGCCUUUUCUUCCUUAUAACCAUUGUGUUAGGGGAUUCCAUACGAAAGCAGGAAGGGUUUGAACCUGUUGCAGCAGUGCUGGUCAAAUUAUUUCUUCUGUAUUACUUGGCUAUGUUUUACUGUGUUAAAGCAGAGAAUAUUUUUUUGGGAUAAAGCCUUCAAUUGCUUUAGACUUUAGACUUUCCAGGUUCCUAACUUACAAAUUUAGAGUUCCUCCCAUUGUCCCUUUGUAGCUUUAUUUGUAGCUUUAAGGAACUGACUGUCAAAAUGCAACAAAGUUUAUCUGUAGAAACUUGGCCUUGAAUGGAAAAACAGAAACAGGACUAAUAAGAUGAAAUAAGUAUUAUUAUUUAAAAAGGUAUAUAUAUAUUCAUUAUAUAUAUAUAAUGAAAUUAAGUUGGUUAGGAAACUCUGCUUGAAAUGUUCUUUUAAUGCUCUUUUUGAAGGGUAUUGUGGUACUUCAAAUUCCACUUACCUACAGGAUCUCAGUUGGCUGUUACACCCAUCUGGGAAAAUAAUUGAUCAAUAUUCUGUUAAUCUACUUUAAAACAUCAUGGCACAAAUGGCAGUUUUUAGGCCACAAAUGGGAUAUUUAAAAAAAAUUUUUUUGGCUGCUCCAGAAUCUUGAAAAACGGUUCUGUUAACCCUGAAACAAGUGGACUUGUGAUGCUGUUCAGUCUUUGGUCUUGCUGAUUUCUUGCGAUCAACAUAGGAAGCAUGUAAGUUCAUUGAAGACAGUUUGCAACACAUUUCUCAUACUGAUCACAAUAUCUGAUUUGGACAUUCCUAACUUUGCUUCUUUUCAUUCGUGCCAUUUUGGUAGAUGGCACUAAGAAUUUAUACAAAGACGAUACAAAUUGACUGCUGUGAAUAUUGACUGCCUGCCUGUUCAAAGAUGCUGUAAUUCUUGGGAUCACAGUGAUAUGGAUGGAAAUAUUCUGCUGCCAAUGUACAUACUUCUAGCCUAAGAUAUUCUUGUGAAUUAAAUGUUUCAGGUACCCCGAAUCACUUAAGAUCAAAAUAAUUUUUCUUGAGGAUUUUUUUUCUCUUUGGCAGAAGUGGAAUUUGAUCUAAGAGUAUUUUACAAAGACAUGUACAGAACAAUGUUAUUUUGUACUGUUGAGUACAAAAAGUACUGUACUACCAAGGCAAUUGUUAAAUAACAGUUCAGAAACCAGGGGAGUGAUUUGUUUCCCUUUUUUAAUUAUUAGACCCAGAAUGUGCCUUUUCUAACUUCUCUUCAGAACCAGCUGAAACAAGUUAACAAUUUUCUUAUAAACAUAAGAUGUAUUAGUUCUUGGAUAAACAAACAUGCCUUCAGCUAACUGAAUUUCAUCUGGAGGAAAAGGUUUGUUUAAAAAACAAAACUAAUUUAGCUCCUGGUUUGAAGAAAAUCAUGCAUUGUCUAACUGAAUUUUUUUGAAGCAAUGUUACAUUUUUUAUUGCCGUCACUAUUGUCAAAAUAUAACAUUGAUUUGAGAAAAACAUUAUAAGAAUAAAGAACCUUAAAAGAA